AUGUCUACAAUUGUGGCAACAAAGGAGUUGCUAGACCCUUCUGCAACAUCAGCGUCACCACGCUCAUCAUCACCUGAAGUUACUCUAUCCCGUUCAUCACCCAUUAGCUAUACCAUAUCACCACCAUCCACAGUGACAUCAUCCCCAAUAUUAUUUUACCAACAAUCUUUAUCCACCAUAUCGUCAAAUGACUCUAUAGACACUAUCAAGUCAUCAACAAGCACUAUUAAACUCGGUAAUCAACAAAAUCAACAGCAACACCCACAAUUACAGGGAUCAAAACAGGAGUCUAGUUCUCCACAGUAUAACAAACCAGUGCUGAUAAGUGCACCAACACCAGUCAUGGCAAAAGAAUCCACAUUACCCAGAAUUGCCAUUAAUGUGCCACUGGAUACCACUUUGAAUACCACUUUGGAUGCACCUAAAAAGACUAGAAAGUUUAAUAUACCAAACUACUAUGUCCCACCAAAAACAUUGGCUGCAACUUUGCCAUCUUCAUCAGACUCUACAGACUCUACAGACUCCACAAACUCUUUAAAGUCUUCAAACUUAGCCACUAGUGAAUUGCCACCAAGGCUAGUUCGCAAAAAAUCAGGAGAAUUGGUCAAGUCGUCAUUGAAGUUGCCCACAUUGCUUCAAAGAUCCAUUUCGUCUCCAAACAUUAUUAACGACAAUAACAACAACAAUACGAAUUCAGGCUUUGCAUCACCACGCAAAUCUGUUAGAUUUGCUUCACGACUCAUCAAUGUCAAGAUGUUUGAUGGUUUGGAGAGUCCUGCUAGUGUGAGUUCACGCAAUAGUCCUUGCGAAUCACCACCAAAUGAAUAUACAUUUGCCCCAUUACACAAUAGAAGAGCACGGAAAAUGGAUGACGUUGAAGAUUUGCUCUUUGACGAAGGAGAGUUUUACAGCUCCUUGCCAUCCUUAUCUCCAUCAUCAUCAUUGUCAUCAUCAUCCAGAAAAGGAUACUUUGACUGGGGAUGGAACUCUAGCUCUGACGAUGAAGAAAAGGAAACCGAGGAACAAAGACAAGUUGUUGAGUAUAGACUACUCAGACACAAUAUUCCACAAAAUGGCUACUCAAAGCUUGGACAGGGAAAUGUAUGGCUUUCAUCUGCAUACUUGUUGAAACAACACAAUACUGUCAAUAAUGCAUUUCUUUGUGGAUUUAUCCUGGUUGUUAAUUUGGCUUUUGAAAAACGUCUUUCACUCAAGAUGACACUCGACAACUGGAAAAGCAGCUGCAAAUUGACGGGUGAAAAAAUUAUCUCUUUUGUCAAGAGUUCUGGAAACAUUGACGAGUUUAAGUUUCUGAUCAAUUUGAGAGAUUUGAUGAAUAUGACGGGCGACGAGGAUGAAGAAAAGUUUUCGGGAACAAUGAAGUUACAGAUGUGCGUUAUGUAUGAAGUUAACGGUGCAGUUUACUGGGCCAAUAACCUGGGCAGAAACUAUACAUUUGAUAUUGCCACCACAACUACUACCACUGCAAACACCACCACCGCCACUUCAAAAGCUGGUUUGAGUAGUAACAAUAAUAGUAAAAAUACCAUAAAACUGGCUUCUAAAUUGACCUCGACUAUUGGUGGUCGGUCACCGUCACCAUUUGAAGAAGUUUGUUCAAAAUUAAUUCAACAUCAAAAGAGCAACAAAUUGGGCAGUGGCCACGGCUUGGAUGUAUUGGAUCUGAAACUUGGUGGACUUUCCAUCUCAAAUAACUUUGUUGAUACCAAACCAACAUUUUUACCAGCAUCAGCAUCAGCAGCAGCAGCAGCCAACAACAACAAUAAUAAUAAUAAUACUGCUACGACUUUUGGUCAUGGAGUAACUAGACCAGUUAUAAACAAGAGCUAUUCCCUGAAUGAUAUUAUCGGAUCCAAUCACCGGUACUCAAAUCGCCAACGUCAAAAGGAUAACAAAUAUACACCUUCGCCCAUUGGCGCAUCUAGCAUUAGCACGCAUGGAAAUGGCUCGUUUGCUGGAUUCAGUUAUACAGACUUGGUUAACAAUUUCUGCUUUGCCAAUAAUGCCACUACAACUAGUCCAGCAACAAAGAGCGAUACGGGUGCGGGUGCGAGCGUAGGUGCGGGCGUGGGCGUGCAAUCUACAGUUGGCGCUAUUGACAUUGCAAACGGGAAGAAGAAGCAAACACAGGGAAAUAUGGGGAUGAGCUGCUCGCCUGUAUCAACAGCAUCUACAUUUCAAUUCUUUAGUGAUUCCUCCAUCCACAUUUAA